CCCAAAAGGGCCAGAUUGCGAGCAGGCCCGCGACGGUCAGGUCAGCGUCAGACUUGUUUAUCUUCUCUUCUUCCCCGUAAACGCGACGGAAGUUUCAGCAGAACAGUUUGCGCCACAAUAAUUUGUCAUAAUUACUACACAAACUACGAAAUUCCCGCAAAAAAUAUAGUUGUAACGAGCCAAAAGUCUAUAGAAAUAUCUCUUCUUGUUCUUAUUACAUCGUGUUCCAUUGAAAAAUCAGGAACCCUUCUUCUCUGUGGAGUUCGUUGAGUCUGGAAAAGAUUUAAGGAAAGAAACUAGGAUAUGUCGAGUAGUUGUUGUUUUUGUCGUAGACCUGUUAACUUAAAUCCGGUGAAAUUUGUGAUAUCGCCGAAAAGGAUGGAAUUGAUGAGGCCGAAGAGGGCUGGUGUAAGGGCUUCGACGGUGGAGUCUCAUGGGAGCUCGAAUUUCGUCCACCGCAUGGAGCGUGCGUGGUUGAUUUCUCAGCAACCAAGUCCUGUUGCUUGUUCGUCAUGCGACUCAAAGGGGCACGUUGAAUGCAAAUGGUGCACCGGAACUGGUUUCUUCAUUCUUGGUGAUAACAUGUUGUGCCAAGUCCCUUCCAGAAACACUACUUGUGUUAUUUGUGCAGGAAAGGGUUCUGCAUGCUGUUCAGACUGCAAGGGAACCGGUUAUCGUGCAAAGUGGCUGGGAGAGCCUCCCGUUCCCAAGUAGGAGCAUCAAAGUUCUGAUUACGCAACUUAACAGGCCUAUCCAAGUUGCUCUUUUGAAGCUGAAUUCCAUGUUCUCAAUUUUGGAAUCGGUUUUUGAUCGUCACAAAAGUGGUCGUGCUAGCAAUAUACACGCCUUAUAUGUAUACAGGCAGUAUAACCAUUAUUUGCGUUUUGCCUGUUAUUACUGUAAAGGAACUACAGUUUCGUAAUUUCUUUCAUUAAUUUGGAACAAAAUACUUAAUUGUUUUCAAGCAGGAGCAGAGAGUGACCACAGAUUCCAUGAGAGGCUGUAAAAAUGCAGUUAUUUCCAUUUCUUUCCCCCCCCCCCCCCCGGGGGGGGGGGGGGAAUUCGAACUCAUCACCGAUCUUUGAUUUAAGUUUCUUGGUAUCGACUGACCUUGUAACACUGGACUCUGUGGUGUUAGGUCAUUGUUUGA